CACUUUCACUUUCAGGCUAGCCUCUGUCUGAGCUCACACAGACAGACUGCCCAGAGGGCGAGAGAGAGAGAGAUAGCGGGUCUGUUUCCCCCACUCUGUCCAUUAGCCAAUUUAAAGGGUGAGCAGAGAGUGAGGUCUGUAAUAUACUGGGUCAACAGGGAAAGAGAAGGAAAGGGAAAGGCUGCAGUUUGACAGGCUGAGAGGUCGGAAAAUCCAAAGUGAGAGCGCAGUGCAGAUUGCGUGAGAGAGAGAAGGGGGUGAAAAGAUUUGGAAAGUACCCGGGAGACAAAAGGAGGAAUUCUAAAAGACAGGUCAACUAAGCUGGAGUCUCAACAGUAGAGGGAAAAAGAAAAGACUCAGAGCUCUCUCUCUCUCUCUCUCUCUGUGUCACACACUUGAAGGAACCGCUGAGGAAACUUUGCCUAGUCAGACCAAAGGACUUAUUUGAUCUGCGUAUUGCAUGCUUUCAACCACAGACAUGGAGAAGUGGCCUUUCUCAUGAAGAUAAAAAGGAUGUCACGAUCAGUUUUACUGUUGCUAUCAAUAUUGACAGUCCAAGGUAGUGGAUGUGAUGACUUUUUGAGGGAGGUUGUCAAGAAUCUUCAAACCACCCUUAACUCAGACCACGCUGGAUUUCGUAAGGUGUUCCCUAAAGACUAUUGGAUUUCCCACCACUACAAUGUCAACCUGCUGUGCAACACUGAUCCGUGUUGUGUGUUCCGAGCUGCGACUGUUCUCUCUGACUCCUGGCUCCAGCUCCGCGGCCAGCUGUGGCCAGAGCACCAUAGCUUCCAAUUCAUCUCCAACCUUAUACAAGCCCUGGAUGGCAGGGGUAUGACAAAAGGGUGUAUAUCACAGGUUAACUCCCCAGAGAACUGGCUAUCAAUCAAUGACAGUGCUUGCACUGUAUGUUUGUUUAAUAACAACUCCUCUCCUCCCUUAUCCCCCUUUCCUCUCCUCCCUUAUCACAUCCCUCUCUCACAGAGAUUUGAGGAUCCUGACCCUUCAGUUCUUCCCUCGGUCUCCUCCUCUCCAGAGAAACUUCUCAACUUCACUUCAUCUGUUUUCUCCAAAUGGCUGGAGCUGGGGUGCUCGACCCCGGUGGACACUUGUCCCUUCCCCACUCUGGCCUCUCCUGCUGGGGAGGAAGAAAGGGCAGCUCUGGAAAGGAAAAAAGUGAGGUCAUUAACCACACGAGCAGUUCACAUGCAACACAGGGAGAAUGAAGGGGAAACAGAGAUGAGGUUAAACACACCUCCACCAACCAAUAGGAGCCCAACAUCCAAAGGUGGGCUCCUAUUAGUUCUUUCUGGGUCUUUGUUUUUUUUAAUCUUUAUUUAACUAGGCAAGUCAAUUAAGAACAAAUUCUUAUUUACAAUGACAGCUUACAUUGGAGCCUCAUGUUAUGUGGACUGCCCUGGAUGCUACUGUAGAGCGGUUGCUAUAGUUACUGAAGUGGAUCUCUUCAAUGGCGCACACAAAAUGCAAGAAAUAAAAUAAAUAAGAUUCCCUGUUUUUGAAAGAAUACAUCCUUUUCUUUUUGCAAUGUGUUUUGGAGCACUGGUUGGCUUUUUCUUCUCAAUCUGUCCAUUCUAGCAGUUCUAAUACAGUAAGCUUUGUCAUUCAAGUGACUGUCAUGCACAUGUAAUUGUUGCACUGAAAGUACAACUGCAGUCAAGAUUAUGUAUAGAAUAAUAACCUUUUAAUUUACUGUCUGCACACCAGAGUUCUAUUAUUAUAAUUAUAAGAAACCGUUACAACAUAGCCAUAUGUAUAAAAAGCCAUAUUCUACGCAAGCUAACUAAACACUAACAAGUGUUUUAUAUUGAGCAAGCUACAGCACAUAAAUUAUUGUUCAAUAUUUCUGAUCAAAUUCAUAUGAUGUUUACAAUGCAGUGGAAUGUGAAUAUUUGUUUGUUUGUCUGUUGGUCUUCAAUGAAUGUUUUUUUUUUCUUCUAUGAACUUUUGUACAUACUGCAUCUUGUAAAUAAAAACCAUGCAGCCGUUA